UUACGGUUGAAUCGGUUGGAUUAAUAAACCAAUAAAUCAAUAAAUAAAACGGUUUGAUAAUUGGUCCGAUUUUUAAAACCUUGAUAAAUACCCACAAAUUUAAGUAGUGUUCCAACUUGCCAUCCCUACUCUUUGAACCGUCCAAACAUCAAAAUUCGACGAAAAACCGGGUCGAUCUGCACGAGUUUUAGCAAACUCGAUGACCCGGCCAGUUGAUAUAACCCGGAUCCGGUCAUGCUUAAUUUUUUUAAAAAAAGAAUUCGAAAACGGCGUCUUUUGUGAAUGCCCUAGCCCUCGGUCUCACUUCUCGACUCACCACUGGCCUCAGUCUCUUUCUCGUCACUCUCUCUCUCUCUCUCUCUCUCUGAAGCUCAAGCUCUCUCACGGCUGAUGUUGUCGCACUCAGGCUCUCUCGUCUCCGGUCUUGCUCACUCACUCACUGUCUCGCACUCAAGCACGUCGUUGCGCUCUGUAUCGUCGUCUCGCACUCAAGCUCGUCGUGGCGCUUUGUGUCGUCAGUCGCCGGCGGCAGAAGCAGACGGAAUCAGCAUCUGAUCCCUCGGCUUGUGGUAGUUGUCGUCUUCUUGCUUCGGCUCGGUUGGUCAGCUUCCUUCAGUCAGUUGGUCCAUGGGCAGGCUUCUGCCUGUUCACUCAAACUCGAAGAAUCAGACCAACAGAGAAGAAAGAACUGGUUUGUCGUGGUGCUUCGCCUCAUUUGUUCGUCUCUGCGCAUGCUGCUGUCCUGCUCAUGCUUCUGAAUGGGAAGUGACAGCCUUGGAUUUUAAGGGUGGGAAUGCAUGGAUGUAACUCGGGUUCUGCUCUCCUUAUGAAUGCCAAGGUUGAUUCCAGGAAGGAGUUGUUGAUGGUGGAGUGGGUAUAGGUUUAGAAACUUAUUUGUGCCAAGCAGCUAUUUAGAAGGAUAAAGCUGAGCCGAGGUGAGGGUGUUGCUCUUAUGUACUUGCAACGUUUGUUUGAUUGUUUUGUGCAUCAUUGUAGUCUUAUGCACAAGGCAGGAAAAAACCAAUGCCCCAGUUUGCAAACUCCCGUUUUUACGCAUGCCUUCUGCAGCACAGGCUUAAAGCUCUUCAUUUCUCCACCCAACAAGAGGGUAUGGCUUCUGUUUCUGAUACCCUUUAUGGACACUUAAAAGACAAGAACUAUGGCAGUGUUGAAAGGUCUUUGUCGAAGUUUAAGCCCAAGCUUGAUUCUAGAUGUGUCAUGGAAGUGAUGAGUAGAUGCUAUCCUCAGGAUCCUCAGUUGGGUCUAAGGUUCUUCAUUUGGGCUGGUUUUCAAUCUGGGUAUAGGCAUAGUGCUUUCAUGUACAGAAAAGCAUGCAAGUUGCUUGGGAUUGAUAAGAAUCCUAACAUUGUUUGUGACGUUAUUGGGUCAUAUGAGAAUGAAGGGUGUUUUGUCAAUGUCAACAUGUUCAGGGUGGUUUUUAAACUAUGUAAAGAAGCCGAACUUUGUGAUGUGGCUUUGUGGGUGUUUAGAAAAUUGGGGAGCUUUAACAUGCGUGCAGAUACUGUGAUGUAUAAUGUGGUCAUAAGUUUGUGUUGCAAAAAAGGUGAGAUUAAAAUGGCUGGUGUGUUGAUGAGGGAGAUGAGUGUGAAUGGACUUUAUCCUGAUUCGAUUACAUAUAUGGCGAUAAUUGAGGGGCUUUGUGAUGCUGGUCAACUGGAUGAUGCUUAUUCUGUUCUUGAGGUUAUGAGGUUAGAUGGAUGUUCGCCCAGUUCAGUGGUUCUAUCUGCUGUUUUGGAUGGAUUUUGUAGGUCUGGAUCCAUGGAAAGAGCAUUGAAAUUAUUGGAUGAAAUGGAGAAAGAGGGUGCGAAUUGUAGUCCAAAUGUUGUCACUUAUACAUCUGUGAUUCAGAGCUUUUGUAAGAGAGGUCAGCAUGCAGAAGCAUUUGAUAUUUUGGAUAGAAUGAAAGCUCACGGGUGCCGUGCAAAUCAUGUUGCUGUUUUUAUCAUUCUUGAAAGCCUUUGUGCGGAGGGUCAUCUGGAAGAAGCUCAUAGGUUGAUUGAUAAAUUUGUGGAGGAACAUGAUGUUUCAUAUGGUCAAUGCUACAGUUCAUUUGUGGUUUCUUUGAUAAAGAUUAGACAACUUGAUGAAGCAGAGAAGCUCUUCAGGAAAAUGCUUGCUGGUAAGAUAAAACCAGAUACUUUCUCAUGUGGCCUUUUGCUGAAGGAACUUUGCAUGAAGGGCAGGUUGCUGAACGGAUUCUACUUGCUUGAUGAAAUUGAGAAUACGGGAUACUUAUAUUCUAUUGACAUUGAUAUUUAUUUUAUUCUUUUAAUUGGUCUUUGUCGAAGUAACCACUUGAUAGAAGCUGCAAAGCUAGCAAGGAUAAUGCUUAAGAAAUCAGUUCCACUAAGACGUCCGAAUGCAUAUAGUGCACUUAAUAUUCUUAGCAAGUAUGGAGAACAGGAUCUUGUGAACCAGUUGUUGGGCAUGCAAAAGAGAUUUAGAUGAUAAGUUGUUUUAUAUAGGUGGUCAUCAUAUCCAUUUUUGUUCUGCUUGCUUUCUUCUUGUUUUCAUAAUUACAUUGUAUAACAGCAACUGGCCUAUUCUCAACCACAGAACAUUAGACUCUGGUUAUUCAUGAUGAUUUCUUAAACCCAUUUUCCUUAUAAAAUUGAUGACGGUAAAGUUGCUCUUGUUGAUAUGCUUAUGGCGAAUGAUGGUUUGGUUUGUAUAAAA